GAGUGCAGUUGAGCUGUUAGUAUCUGAAAGCAAACAACAGGAAUAUUCCAGAUUACUUUUCAAUCAACGUUCUACAUAUAUCUCAUUACCAUGGAGAUGAAAGAGAAGAAAGAACUAAACGGAGAUCCCGAGAAAACUGCUGACGAUGCCGUCAGCAAUGAGAAAGUUGGACUCAAGCAAGAGGUCGGUUUGUUGAGUGGUAUAGCACUGAUCGUUGGUUCUAUGAUUGGCUCAGGAAUCUUUGUAUCACCCAAAGGCAUCCUUCGUGAAACACAGAGCGUUGGAAUGAGUAUGAUCAUAUGGCUCCUCUGUGCUGUGCUUGCUAUGACAGGUGCUCUAUCAUAUGCUGAGCUUGGAACCCUGAUUCACAAGUCGGGAGCAGAGCAUGCCUACCUGAAUGAUAUUUGGGGUCCCAUGCCAGCGUUUAUCUUUGCUUGGACGUACACCAUAGUCAUCAAGCCAUCUAUCAUCUCCAUCGUAUCCCUCAUCACGGGAACGUACGUCGUCGAGUCGGUCAUGACCACCUGUGACGGGAAUGAACAAGUCUUCCUGAUGAAGCUAUUUGCUGCACUGUCAAUAGGUCUUAUAUGCUUUAUAAACUGCUACAGUGUCAAGUGGGCCAAUGCCGUCCAAGUUAUUUUCACGGCUGCAAAGUUAAUUGCACUGGUCAUCAUUGUCAUCAUUGGUUUUGUCAGACUUUUCCAAGACCUUCAGCGCACAGGACAUACAGGGUAUCUAGCAGCAAACACUGCAUUCAUUGGAUCAUCACCCAAAGCAUUCUCCUAUGGUAUAGCCUUCUAUCAGGGUCUAUGGGCUUACGAAAGCUGGAACCAUUUGAACUUUGUAUCUGAGGAACUUGUCAACCCAACAAGAAACCUGCCUCUUGCCAUCGCUAUCGGUAUUCCUCUAGUAGCUCUCUUCUAUCUCCUUGUCAACGUGGCAUACUUCACAGUGAUGUCACCUCAAGAGCUUCUGACCUCCAAUGCAGUAGCAGUGACAUUUGCUGAGCGUACGCUUGGACCUAUGGCCUUUAUCAUACCAAUAUUUGUGUGCUUCUCAACGUUCGGCUCUGCUAACGGCAAUCUAUUUGCAUCUGGAAGAUUACCAUAUGCUGCUGGAAAAGAAGGUCAUCUUCCUCAAGUACUGGCCUUCAUUCACAUGGAAAAGUACACCCCAAGCAUCUCACUUAUUACCACAAGUACCAUAGCAGUUCUGAUGUUAAUCCCUGGUGACUUUGAUACGCUAAUCAACUACUUCAGUUUUGCUACGUGGUUCUUCUACUUUGCUACAGUCUCUGGCUUACUAUAUUGGAGGUUUAAAUACCCUGAUUUAAAAAGACCCUUCAGGGUGCCUAUUAUUUGCCCUAUCAUCUUCGUCAUAGCGUCAGUUUACCUGGUAAUUGCGCCAAUCAUCAAUGAGCCUUUAAUAGAGUUCCUCUAUGCCUUCCUUUUCAUCAUUGCUGGAUUGAUUUUCUAUUUUCCCUUCAUCAAGUACAGAUACUCACCGAAGUUUAUGGAUGCCUUUACGCUGCGGGUGCAGAAGCUGUUCAAAGUCGUUCCUACUGCCAAGCGAUCAUCAUCAUUGGCAAAAUGAAACCAGCUGUCAGGUCAUCAUCAUGGAUACCACAGACUUCAAUGGAAUUUAUUUAAAGAUAAACUUCUAUCAAAGAUGGCAGUUGGAAAUGACUGUCUAUAAAAACACCAUUUAUAAUAUAAUACAUCUCAUCAGAUAUUAUGAUAUCAGCCAACAUGCAUGGUGUGCCCAAUUGUUGAAUUGUUUGUAAAUAAACUAAUAUACUCAUC